CGUGUGUGUGGAGUUUUUUCUCCCACCUUUAACUCUGCAGCAUACAAGAGCGUGCUCAUUGUGUUGUUUAAGACAGUGUCACAGAAAGACGGUGUUGUGAAGAAGAUGGGAGACAAUGCAGAGUGCUGCUGGUACUCAAUUGUGUUGUGUGGCAUCGGUUGUGUUACGGUUGUGUAUUACAUGCUGAGGUGGUCCUGGCAGUGUUGGCACGGGUUCAAAGUGUACGUGAUCUCUGAGAUCUGGCGGACGGACCUGAGGACAUACGGCCGCUGGGCUGUUGUAACUGGUGCAACAUCAGGCAUUGGUCGAGCAUAUGCUGAAGAGCUUGCCAAACGAGGAUUAAACAUUGUUCUGAUCAGUCGCUCAGAGGAAAAACUUCACAGAGUCGCCAAAGAAAUAGAGGAUAAGUACAAUCAAAAGACGCACGUUAUUCAGGCAGACUUCACCGAGGGCCACUCCAUCUACUCUACAAUCACAAAACAGCUCGAGGGCCUGGAGAUAGGAAUUCUGGUGAACAAUGUAGGCAUGAACUAUAUUGGGGUUCUGGCAAAUUUCCUUGAUGUUCCUGAUCCAGACCAGAGAAUCACACAGGUGCUAAACUGUAACACAUUGUCUGUCACUCAGAUGUGCAGAGUUAUUUUGCCAGGAAUGGUUGAAAGGGGGAAAGGUCUCAUCAUAAACAUCUCAUCAGAAGCCGGAUAUCAGCCUGUACCAAUGGUCUCACUCUAUUCUGCAACCAAGGCAUUCGUAACAUAUUUCUCUCUGGGUCUGAAUGCAGAGUACAGGUCAAAGGGAAUCACUGUUCAGUGCGUCGCCCCGUUUAUGGUCUCCACGAACAUGACCCAUAAUGUACCUGUGAAUCCACUGGUGAAAAGUGCAGCUUCUUUUGCUCGAGACGCUCUGAACACUGUGGGCUACACAACAUACACAAGCGGAUGCUUAACUCAUGCACUGCAGCACAUUGUUCUGUCCAUUGUUUUUCCGGGUUGGCUGCGUCUCACGUCCUUUUGUGUGCAGCGCAUGGAAAAAUUCGCUCGUCGCAUCGAACCACAAUUGAAUGAGUUGAUGGCGGAGAACAAAACCAAACAGGAAUGACACGAACGCAUGGAUAGAAAAUGCACAAGCAUCCACUUACUGUACAGUAACAGCAUUUACAAAGCAGUUAGCAACUGUUACAAAUACGCAAACACACACACUUAAUUUGUGCAAAAUAUGUGCACAAAUAACAUUUAUUCCAUGUGUAUUUGCAUUGGAAUUAGGAAUCUAUGCACCAUUUUCACAAGGACAUAUUUAGCUGGAUAAAUCUAGGGACCAUAAAUGUACAGUUUACUGUAAUGUACAUUUACACUAACCAGUGGAAGGUUUGUGUCUUGCUUGACAGAUUUCACUAAAACUACAGUGAUAUUGUGAAAUAUUAUUACAAUUUUAAACAACUGAUUUCUAUUUUUAUAUAUUUUAAAUGCGACAUAUUACUGUAAUAGUAGAGCUGAGGUUUCAGCAUUGUCACUCCAGUCCUCAGUGUCAUAUACAGUACUGUGCAAAAGUCUCAGGCCUCCAGUAGCAAGGGUAUAAAGACAUUAUAUAUUACUUCUCAUUCUCUUCAUUAAAAUGCAUCCAGAAAAAUACAGGUUCUAGACAGAUUUUGUAAGACAUGUGAAAGAAAGAGUUAGAGAAAGAUAGAAGAAUAAAUGAAAAAUGCUGGCGUUUCUGUCUUGGUUUGAUCUGUUUUUCUCGAGCUGUUGUCAAUAUUGCUUGUUGUCAAUUUUUUUCAGGAUUUUGAAUGCUGAAAAAUACAGACAGGUUUUAAUUCAUCAGCAAUUCUUACUAGAAAUUCUUACUAGGUUUUAUUUUUCAGCAUGAUAAUGAUCCCAAACACACUGAUAAUGUAAUGAAAUAUUUGAAGAGAAAAGCAGCUGAUGAAACAAAGACAGUCAUAAAAUGGCCACCACAGAGUCCAGACCUGAAUAUUAUAUCCAGUAUUCAUUCAUUCAUUUUCUUUUGGCUUAGUCUCUUUAUUCAUCAGGGGUCGUCAGAGCGGAAUGAACCGCCAACUUAUCCAGCACAUCUUUUACACAGCUGAUACCCUUCCAGCCACAACCCAAUACUGGGAAACACCCAUACACACUCAUACACUACGGUAAAUUUAGUUUAUUCAAUUCACCUAUAGUGCAUGUCUUUGGACUGUGGGGGAAACCCGGAGCACCCAGAGGAAACCCACACCAACACAGGGAGAACAUGCAAACUCCACUCAGAAAUGCCAACUGGCCAAGCAAGGACUC